AUGAGCUCAGGGGAGGUGAAGAUGGCUGGGCCAACUCAUUACUCGUAUACAAAAAGUGUUGCAUUUGGCAAGACGAGAGGCUGCGUUUCAGCGGUAGCCGUGUAUGCCCGCUCUUCUGCAAAGCAUCUUGGAGACUGGAGCGCACCGACACAGAGCUGCGUUUCUGAUACCAAGGCCCAAAGCACCAUGCAUCAUGCAGAAAUCCUGCGCUUCAGAAAAAGGACUAUCUGCAUCUCCGUCCUGUUGAUGCUGUUCAUCUCUGACUUCCUGCUCCAUCAGUACAACACCACCGUCAUUGUAGACGAUAUCCCACCCACCUCCGAGUUGAAAAACCAUGGGAAUGGAAACGUGACUCGCGUCCUACUCGUCUCGGCGCUCUUCCCCCUCACCAAGUCAAAGCACUCAAAUGAUGAAUACAACGACUGGCUCCAACGUUUUCUAGGACCCAUCACAACGGACAUAUACUUCUACACCACUCCAGAACUCGAAAAUACUGUCCGAGCUGCUCGAGGUUCCGGUCUUCCCAUCACUAUCAACACCCAUUACGCAUCUCCAUUCGCCAUCCCCCCUCUACGUGGCUUUGAACCACUGUAUGAGGAGAUGCAUUUACAGGACAGGGAGAAAAAGCGACAUUCUCCCGAAUUGUAUGCCGUGUGGAACGGCAAACCCUGGUUCUUGGACCACGCUGUUCAGCAGUCAAGGGAAGAGAAAGGAGAGGUGUAUGACUAUGCUUUUUGGAUCGACGCAGGGAGUUUUAGGCAGGAGCAUUGGUAUACUUCUUGGCCGAAUCCAGCAAGGGUUGAGCAGGUUUGGGAGGAGGGAAGGAGGUUGAAUGGCGUCAAGAGGAAGGAAGAUUUGUUGUUCUUUCCCAUUCAGACACUACCACCAGCUUCCGCACGGGAUUGGAUGCAGGAUAAAGGACCGCUUGACGUCGAUUUCAGCGAAGGAUCCUUCUUCGGCGGCUCACCAGCCUCCAUAUCCUGGUGGUCCACUGCGUAUUACGCGUACCACAACUACUACCUCACCCUCGGCCUCUUCGUAGGCAAAGACCAAACUCUCAUCAACGCCCUUUUCCUCCUCUUCCCUGACCGUUUCAUCACAGUAUGGAUGUACGACCCCAUCGCCCCCGCCCAUGCUGGUCUCUUACCCAUCCUCGACCAGGGUUACCUAGGAUCCUGCGGUUCCGAGUGGUACUACUACCAAUUUUGGUUGGCGGGUGAACGGACGCGGGCGGAGAUGCGUGAACUUUGGCUUGGGUGGUUGAGGUGGAAGGAGUGGACGUGGUGGAGGGAGAGGUAG